AUGGCGGAAUUCAUGCUCCUGCGCCAAAAUCAGAUGUCCGUAGACCAGUAUGAGGCCAAGUUUUCUGAGUUGUCUAUGUAUGCACCUAGAAUGGUGGAGGACCCCGUGGACGGGGCAAGAAGGUUUAGAGAUGGGUUAAAACCAGAGUUGAAGGAUCGGUUGGUGCCGCUGAAUCUAAAAGAUUACAAUGAGCUGUACAAAAGGGCCCAGUUGAUCGAGAGAAAUAUGAUAGAAAGGGCUGCUGCAUCCGGAUCACGGUUUGUGCCCUCCGGUAGGAAUGAUCGUAGAUUUGGCAAGAGGCCAAUGUUGGGAGGAAGGUCGACCAUCCCACCUAACCGGAGGAAUGCUGUGGGAAAGCCGGCUCUUGGAAAUGGUGGAAUAUGCCGAUUUUGCAAUCGGAGGCAUGGGACUGCCCCGUGUCCCUUCGGGAAUGGAGCCUGUUUUGGUUGUGGUCGGAUGGGCCACCAAGUGAGAGAUUGCCCACAGAGGCAAAGAGGAGUUUCGGUGCCAUCACCACAAGGAGAACGACCGCGUGGGAAUGUGCCGCUGAAUUACCAGAGCCGACCUCCGGCGCAAGGAAGAGUUUUUGCGGUCUCCGGGGAAGAGGCGAAGGAUUCGCCGACCGUUAGCUGUACGGUCUUCUUACAUGAUCAUAUAGCAUAUGCGUUGUUUGAUCCUGGAGCCACGCACUCCUUUGUUGCUUGGCGAUUUGUUAAAUUAGUUGGAUUGAGUCCGAAAUCGGCUGGGAACGGUCUUUAA